AUGAGUGGCAGUUCGAACCAGUCCACCCGUACAAGUCCAGGGUCUUAUAGCACCACCCACCGCACCCCCUCCGUCUCCUCGGGCGCGUCGCCACCGCAGCAGUCGCUCUCUUCUUCGCAGGCGCCCGCAACGGCCCAGAAUGCGAUGUCGACCGACGUGUACAAUCCGCCCGUGUCGCAGGUAUCAACAUCUCUAAGUCCUACCUUCUCCUAUCCAUUCUCGCCACUUGGAACCGCCGCCUCCUUUGAUAACGUAUCACCCGCCACCAUGCGCAUGGGCGACUCGGAUCGGUCGGCCCAGAGCCUCAACAGCUUUAUGCGACCGGCAAGUGGAGCUAACGGUGGCGCGAUCUUGAUGCGAAGGCUUCCCAAGAAUAUGAGUCGCGAGGCUUUGCGCAGCAUGUUUCUGUUCUCAAAGGACCUCCUGGAUGCCGAUUUUGUCCCCAACGAUUUUCCCGAAGACAACGGGUUUUUGAGCGCGAUCGCGCGCUUUUGUACAAUGGCUGGUGCAGAAGAAGCGCGCGCCUUGCUUGAUGGCAAGCCUAACUCGAAGAAUGACGCCACGAUGAUCGUGGAAAUUUACAACCCUAGCACCCCGGGCGCCUCUUUUCUUCCUCGGCGCAACACCAUCGACCAUUCCGCGACGCGCGGCCUCCUUGGCAGCGUCUCGGGCAAUGGGCCUUUGUCGCGACAGUCGUCGCGUUUUAAUGGAACAUUUCAAAGCCUGGAGAAAUUGACGGCCGCGAAUCCCACAGGAUCGGCCGCCAGUGAUGCCCUGCCGUCUUCUUCCGAAUCGGGAUCGCGGAUUCACAAUAUCUUUUCUCCCCAAUCCCCGAUCGGUAACGGCGUCCACGAACUCCCGCGCAUCAGCGGUAAGUCAAUGAUUGACCAGGACAUUGACGAAGAUACCGGAGAACUCCUCAAGGACCCUGUUGGGUACGCGGAAAAUGGGCAUUCAGGGCCUGGCUCAGCUCCUCGCCGAUCAACAAACCCUCAUAUUCCUACCAGUCACUUUGCCAACCUCUCUUUGUCGACGAAUCUCCCAACGUCCCCGAUGCAAAACUAUACCCCGGGAGGAUCGGCGCAUAUUGGGGCCCCGACCCCAUCCUCCGCAUACCCCCAACAGAUUAGCAACAAUAUGGGUGCCCCAACAUUCCCUUAUGGUAGUGCCCACACGGCGCGACACAGCCUUCCUGCUGCUAACCCAAACGACAUGAAUCCGCCCUGCAAUACCCUGUAUGUUGGCAACCUUCCGCCAGACACCUCGGAGGAGGAGUUGAAGGUUCUAUUUUCAAAACAGCGCGGCUAUAAACGUCUCUGUUUCAGGAAUAAACAAAAUGGCCCCAUGUGCUUUGUCGAAUUCGAGGAUGUUCGCACCGCGGGCAAGACUCUCAACGAACUGUAUGGCUAUAAACUUUCAAACAGCAUCAAAACCGGUAUUCGUCUGAGUUUCUCGAAGAACCCCCUUGGAGUUCGCUCUGGACAGCCGGGAUCUAUGAGUGCGGCGAAUGCUAUGGCAUCGCCAGGUCCUGUCCCAGGUGGCUCUAGUCUUGGUGGGAUCCAUAGUCACAUCUUCUCAACAGUCAGUGGGCCACCGCCCGGCUUGGCCGCGCCCCCAGGCUUAAUACCACCACCCAUGGCAUUAAGAGGUAAUGGAGCCAUGCAUCCUUCGGGGAAUCACCACGCACCCAUUCCCAACAAUAAUACCGCCUUCGGUCCCAAUGCGGGCCUAGGAAUUCGCGCGAAUCAUAUGAAUCCAAUGAUGACACCGCCUCCUACACUCAAUGGAGGCGUGAAUGGUGGUAACGCAGGGCCAAACGUCGGGGCUUUCAAUUCCUACUACCCCGAUUACAUGAUGGGUCGGUAG